CUGAUACACGAAGCAACUUAAACGCGAUUGAAAUUGACUCACGAAGCAACCCAGAUGCAACUCUGUUGCCAGCAACAAAAAUUGCAUUACAGGUUGUUUCGUGUGACAUCGACUUUAACUUCAGACAGUAUUUAGAUAACAGUGAAUGAAUAGCAGCCUUGUAGACCAAUCAGAUUAUAUCUCUACACAUGAGAAACAUUACAACAUCCUGUAUUCCGAGGCCAACAAAGUGAAAGUGACGUGGAGGAAACGGGUAGAGAGGAAUCGGAGCAGUCACUUGCAUGUUGUACCUGUGUGACCAGGCUGAAAUGACAGUGCGCUGUGUUGGUGUCCCGUUGCACCUGUGGCUGAGUAGACUAUAUAAGCAGCGCAAUGCAAACCGGUUGUAUAAAUCUGUGUGUGCCGCUGUCUACCCCUGCAGAAUUGGUUGAAGAGCGAGAUUGGCUGCUGCAGAUCGUGACAUUUUGCUCCUUUUGGAUUAUUUGAUAAAGCAAAACAUAUUUUUAGCAAUAAUGGGUGUUAUGGUUUCGCAACUCUUCUCUCGUUUCUUCGAGAAGAAACAGAUGAGAAUUCUGAUGGUUGGGUUAGAUGCUGCAGGGAAGACCACAGUCCUGUACAAACUAAAACUUGGAGAAGUUGUCACUACUAUCCCCACUAUUGGGUUCAAUGUGGAGACGGUUGAGUACAAGAACAUCAGCUUCACGGUGUGGGAUGUAGGUGGUCAGCACGUCAUCAGACCUCUGUGGAAGCAUUACUACCAGAACACUCAGGGUCUUAUAUUUGUGGUAGACAGCAACGAUCCUGAGAGGAUAAAUGAUGCUACAGAGGAACUACAGAACAUGCUUGAAGAGGACCAGCUGAGAGAUGUAGUUCUGCUGGUGUUCGCCAACAAACAGGACCUUCCCAACGCCAUGUCUGUCAGUGACAUCACAAAUAAACUGGGACUGAGUAAACUUCAACUGAGUACUCCUUGGUUUGUCCAGGCUACCUGUGCGACCAUGGGUUCAGGUCUGUUGGAGGGACUGGACUGGUUGGCUGACCAGCUUUCCAAACGCUAACUAGCUGAGUUGGCUCCGGGGUGAAGUUUCCCUUAGGUACAGAUCUAGGAUCAGCUUCCCCUCCCCCAAUCCUAACCUUAACCAUUAGUGGGGGAAAUUUAAAACUGACCAGAUCAGUGUCUAGGGUCAACUUCACCCUAUAACAGCUGAGCUGAGGCCUCCUUAAGAACGACCAAGACACAACGUUUACUGAAGGACAACCAUAC